AUGCAUGUCUUUAUAUCUAAUUACAAGAAUUGGAAACUAAUCAACAUUUGGCAAUGGGAGUGGGAGUGAUAGCGAAGAAGCUGAGCAAAUUAAUCGGAGCUCGAGGGGUCAAGAGACUAGGAGGUACCACUACUCCAUUGCCACCUAAAGGUUAUGUUCCCAUUUGCGUAGGGUUUAACAAUGAUACCAGGCGAUUCAUUGUUCAUACAAAAGCAUUUGGCGAGGCAGAGUUCUUGCAGCUUCUGUAUAGAUCAGCUGAAGAAUAUGGUUUCCAUAAUGAAGGAAUUCUGAGGAUUGCAUAUGAAGCAAGGGAUUUCGAGGAGUGGAUGAUCACUAGGGCUAAGGGAAAGGCUGUUCCGGUUAAAUCCGUCUAAUAUAUCGCCGCCGGCAACUAUUCUGUUCGUUGGGGAUAGAUGAAUGGUGUUAUUAUGGGCUGUAAAUGCCUCGAUGGCUUCUUCAGCUAGGGAAGAACUGCUCUGAGAUUGUGUACAUAGAUUCCUUCUGUGUUCAUGUAUGCAUUUACUAAUUUUCAAGCAUUAUCAUUGUAGGAUUUUUGGUCUUGCUUUUAUUUUGACUUUUGGUUAUAUUGAUAGAAUUAACCGUCA